CGUAGUGGUUGUGUUUGGCCAAUUAGUAUGUAGGUGGAGCACAGGAAAAAACAGACAGACAGGCACGGGUUUUUUUUCCCCAGUUCCUGGACGCGGAGGAAAACGUGUCAAGUGUCCUUCCAGUUGCAAGAAGUAAGUCGCAGCCAGGCGGUUGAUGAAGUCCGAUGGUGUUGGAGGAAGAUUUCCCGAUGAUUGAAGUAUCGAUACCGUCUCUGGAGAGGGAAGUGGAUGAGUCGGGGAAGUGCAGAAAGCUUUUCAGAGUGGAAGUCUUGUUUCACGGGAGGAAACAUUAUGUGCUCAGAAGAAACAGCGAAUUCCAGACUCUCCACAGAAAACUCAGGAAGAUCACCCAGACUCCAGAUUUCCCGAGCAAAAGGAACCCCCAUCUGAGGACCAAACCAGUGGAGCAGAGGAGGCAGGAGCUGGAAGACUACAUCCAGGACAUGAUCUAUCAAGACGAAGACGUGCCCCAGGUUCUGCUGGACUUCCUCCAUGUGAAACACUUUCACACAGGGAUCAAGAAGAGCAGCAUGGAAUCAGUUGAUGAUUUGGACAGUCAGGAUUACAGUUAUCCGUUACCAAAUCAGCCAGUGUUGGGAUUUUUUCAGGAUCCUUACCUCUCUGACUGUACAUCAGAUCUCCCAGAUAUUGUUGUGGAUGGGGUUCUUCAAGGUUUUUAUCCCCGGGACGUCCGGGUCAGCUUCACCGCCCCCAUUUUCACUGAACCUGACCCCACCACCUCUAUAGAGGCCUAACAUUACAAUUACACAUACAAUUCAAUGUUUUCAAAUAGCAUAUACAAUACAGUCAAAUACACAAUGCCAGCAAGAAAGAAACCUACACUUGCAUGCAUGAUACAGAAGGAAAACAGCCUGGAAUAGGUCGCCGUCUCAGGUAGUGCACCUGAAUCUCAUUGUAUAAAGGAAUCCUAUCUUAUCACUGGAUGCUUUAGACCAAAAUCAGCAGCCCCAGUGGGAUUUAAAUCCAAAACCCAGGCUUUGUUGUUCCAAUACUCCUCCUAUUGUUCAACCUUUUCGUAGCCCUUUGAGAAUCUCAUGUUGAGGCCAAACACCAAAAUUCAUAUUGAAACUUAGUCACUCAAUAUGUCUGUUUUUAGUCCGUUUAAAUAGCACACAAACAGUUUUUAGGGGUCCCAUAUUGUACAAAGUGAGAUGUCUGUCUUUUUUUAAUAUAAAGUAGGUUGAUGUGCUAUGUUAAAUUGCUCAUAUUAUGCUUUUUGGGUUUUCCCUUUCCUUUAUUGUAUUGUAUAUUUUUUUUGUGCACGUUAUAGGUUUACAAAGUAAACAAGCCCAAAGUCCACCCCAAAGGGACGUACCUUCUCCAGUCUUGUUGUCCAGCCACGUUUUAAGUUUGCAGUACAAUUUUUUUUUUAAAUCAAACCAUGUAAACCUUUUUUGAUAUAACCUCUAAAUACAAUUAUGGACCUGAAAAUAAGCAUAAUAUGAGCACUUUAAUAUUGUGAAAAUGCUUCAUUUACAGAGAAAUGCACACAGCUUGUAUUCAGAAUAUGUGCCUUUUGAAGGAGCUGUCAGGACUUCUGUAGGGUUGUGAUGUCACAAUGAUACGAGAGAGAGAGAGAGAGAGAGAGCUGUUACAGUGCCGUUACAGUCCUUCCCCGGGUGCAAUGAAGGUGCAGAUUCUCUGAGAGCGCAACUGCGAUAACGCUGACCAAUCAGCAGACUUGGC